UAGAGCUAGAGAAAGAGAGAGUCAAGGAUUCUAACUAAUCCUUCCUCAGAAAAAUUAGUAAUGGGUGAGGGCGGGGAUGGAUGGAGGUUGGCCGUGCAAGUGGUGGAGGGGCGGUGGUUCAUGGUGUUCGCCUCUUUCCUCAUAAUGUCGGCGGCAGGUGCGACCUACAUGUUCGGGUUGUACUCGACCGAAAUUAAGGAAUCACUCGGCUACGACCAGACCACACUAAACCUUCUCAGCUUCUUUAAGGAUCUUGGAGCCAACGUCGGGAUCUUGUCGGGGCUCAUCAUGGAAGUGUCACCGCCUUGGGUGGUUCUAGCCAUGGGAGCCGUCCUUAAUUUCUUUGGUUAUUUUAUGAUUUGGCUUGCAGUCACCAAACGUUUAUCUCGUCCACAAGUUUGGCAUAUGUGUCUAUAUAUCUGCGUCGGUGCUAAUUCUCAGGCAUUCGCAAACACCGGAGCUUUAGUGACGGCGGUAAAGAACUUCCCGGAAAGUCGAGGCGUCGUGCUCGGUUUACUCAAGGGUUUCGUCGGUUUAAGCGGCGCCAUAAUCACUCAAAUCUACCACGCCUUCUACGGCGACGAUACUCAAUCACUUAUCCUCCUAAUCGGAUGGCUUCCAGCCGCCAUCUCAUUCGCAUUCAUCCGCACAAUCCGCAUUAUCAAAAUCGUCCGUCAUCCCAACGAACUCAAAGUCUUCUACCGUUUCCUCUACAUCUCCCUUUCCCUCGCCGGUUUCCUUAUGAUCAUGAUCAUUUUAGAAAAACAGUUCAAUUUCACUCGCCCUGAAUAUGUCUCAUCCGCCGUCGGAGUCCUCGUUUUGCUCUUCUUUCCGUUAAUGGUCGUCGUAAAAGAGGAAUAUAAGACCUGGUUGAAUAGGAAACAGUCAUCGUCGCCGCCUUUGCAAAUCGUCACAACAGAGGAAAAACAGAGUAUUACUACUCCACCACCGCCGCCACCGACGACGACGAACAAAGAAGAACAGUCAUGUUUCAAGACAAUAUUCCGACCACCCAAUCGGGGAGAUGAUUUCACGAUCCUACAAGCACUCUUUAGUGUGGAUAUGUUCAUCCUCUUCUUCGCAACCAUAUGUGGUGUCGGCGGAACCCUAACCGCCAUCGACAAUUUAGGUCAAAUCGGAACUUCAUUAGGUUAUCCGAAAAAGAGUAUAAGCACAUUUAUCUCAUUGGUUAGCAUAUGGAAUUACUUAGGCCGGGUCGCAUCCGGUUUCGGUUCUGAAAUCUUAUUAAACCGGUAUAAGGUCCCUAGACCGUUAAUGCUCACUUUGGUAAUGCUCUUAUCGUGCGUUGGCCAUUUAUUGAUUGCAUUUGAUGUUCCAAACGGGCUCUAUAUAGCGUCUGUGGUGAUCGGGUUUUGUUUUGGAGCUCAAUGGCCAUUACUAUUUGCAAUAAUAUCGGAGAUAUUCGGGUUAAAGUAUUACUCGACCCUUUAUAACUUUGGGGCAGUGGCUAGUCCAAUUGGGUCGUACAUUUUGAACGUUAGGGUGGCUGGACAUUUGUACGAUAAGGAGGCGGCAAGACAAAUGAGUGUUCUUGGACGUGUUCGGAAGAAAGGGGAGGAUUUGGAUUGUGUUGGGGUUGAGUGUUUUCGAUUGGCUUUUAUAAUUAUUACCGGAGCAACCGUGGUUGGUGUGUUAGUUUCAUUUAUUCUAGCGAUUAGGACUAGGAAAUUCUAUCGGAGUGAUAUAUACAAGAAAUUUCGCGAUCAGGCUGCACAGAGUGAAAUGACAUUACAGGAAAAUGGCGUUUCCACUUCGACGACAACGACCAAUAAGGUAUAAUAAUAAGGGUGUUUUAGGACUGAUCGGUUUGGUCGGUCUAUAUGUUGUAACAUUAGGGUGACACUCGAAAUUGGUAAAAUGCAACUUUAAAUACAAUUUACUAUACAUUUUUAUUAAUGCAAGUUAGAUGGAAUUGCAUUGUUUGU